GCAUUUUGUUGUAGCUUAGAAGAGUUAAAAGUGGACGGGCACUGAAGAACGAUGAAGACGUCCCUGAUCUUGUUUAUUGCGGCUGCAUACGCAGUCACCGCCUGCAUGUGCGAGGAUAACGUGCAUUCUCGCGAGAAGAGAAAUGCUUUUCAGUUCCGCAAAAUGAUAAAGGAUCGCACUGGAAGAGAACCCUUGUUAUAUAACGGUUAUGGUUGUUGGUGUGGUCUGGGAGGGAGAGGAAAACCAAAGGACGGAGUAGACAGAUGCUGCCGCUCCCAUGACUACUGCUACGAUAGACUUAGAGACAAUGGUUGUAACCCAGUGAUUAGCACCUACACCUACAGUCUGAGCGGUGGAAUUGUUUGUGAUAGCAGUGAAAAUAACAGCUGUCAACAGGGGGCAUGUGAAUGCGACAGAACAGCGGCGUAUUGCUUCGCUAGCAACACCUUUCACAAGAAAUACAUCAGCUGGCCUAAUUUCCUCUGUAGAUGAUUGCCCAACACUCGUCGGCAGAUCAGUAUAUAACCGGACCGGACUAGCAUAGACCACCAUUGAAAGUCUCAUUCAUAUUUGAAAUAUCAAUGUAAACAUAAAAUAGA